AUGUGUAAACGGACAGGAUUUGUUUUUGGAUUAAGUGAAAUCCAGAUCAUACAAAUUUCAAUGUAAACGUGCUAUAAUAUAGAAAUGUCUUUUUAUUGCCCUUUUUUCAUACCGACAUUCGCCGUAUUGUAUGAUUUUAACUCGCAGCAAAAAAUCGAGUGAUUCUCUUUUUAUUUUUUUGAUCAUGUAAAGGGUCCAUAGUGCAAAUAUGUGAUAAACAAAAAUUUGGCAAUUCAUCUUGGAAUUUGGCGGGAAAGUUGGCAAUAUUUCUUGUCAUGGAAAUGUCAUUCUCACAUCCACAUUUGUUUGACAAAAACCGAGUCACUGAGAUCGAGAACAUUUUAUUUAUUUUUAUUCCAUACCAAAAAACCCCAAGGAAAUAUUGCUAAUUAUUGAAGUGUCCUUAAGAUCCAGGACUACGAACUAAAUACAACGGAAGGCGCAAACUGUUGAUACAAAGAAGCCACGCCAAAAAUUGUGCAAAAGAGCCUCACGAGACAGAACAAACGCGCACUUGAGUAAUCAUGGCAAAAGUUCACAUAACCAAUGUGGUGGUUCUAGACAAUCCGAGCAGUUUCUUCAAUCCUUUCCAAUUCGAACUAACUUUCGAAUGUAUUGAGGAACUGAAGGAGGAUUUGGAAUGGAAAAUGAUUUAUGUGGGUUCAGCAGAGUCCGAGGAGUAUGAUCAGGUAUUGGAUACUAUAUAUGUUGGUCCCGUACCCGAGGGCAGACACAUUUUUGUUUUUCAAGCUGAUCCACCCGAUGUCACAAAAAUACCAGAACAAGAUGCUGUUGGUGUUACAAUAGUUCUGUUGACUUGUUCAUAUCGUGGACAGGAGUUUGUACGAGUGGGCUACUUCAUAAAUAAUGAAUACGCCGAUCAAGAAAUGCGUGAAAAUCCUCCCCCCAAACCAAUGUUCGAUAAGCUCACCCGCAAUAUAUUAGCCACAAAACCCCGUGUUACCCGCUUCAAAAUUAAUUGGGACGAUACUCCCGCAAAUGGUCAUACUAAUGGCAAUGGCGAACACAUCGAUGAUGAUAUGCAGUGUGGAGAGACUGAAAUGAAUGGUGCUUCAACGUUAUCUGCGAAUAAUCAUCCGGAAGGUACAAUGGAUGAGAAUAGUUUAGCUAUGCCCAUAGAGAAUGGGGUGAAUGCCUUAAAUGAGAAUUCAAAUUCAUUAGCUAUGGAAUGUUAGGUUUAAUUUUAUCUCGUGUCACCGUUCAUUUGGCAGUUACACAUACUAUAAUUUUUGAUUUAAGUUUUUAUUAGAAACAAAAAAAAAAAAACAUGAACUGAAUAUUUGUUUUGUACCUUAUAAACAAAAAAAGCUGAAAUACAGUUUGGCCAUUGCUAUUCAGCAAAAUGUAGCCCGCAAGUUUGAGUGAAUGGCCGGAGUACAGUCGCUAUUUAUAUAAUUUUACCAAAUACUGUUUUGUAAUGCUGUCUUGCUUUCAUUUGUGUUGUGGGUUUUGGCUUGCAUACUCGGGGGAUAGUCUACAAUACGCCGUUCUCUAUCAAACAGCGCCCUCAAAUUUUACUUUAAUUUGUUUUCUAAUGAUAUUUAUGCUAAAUUACCUUAACCUUUUAUAAUUUAUCUAAUAUAUAGUUUAUUAAUUAAAAAAAAAAACUAAAUAUAAAGUCUUAAUCUUAAUCUGAAGGAAA